ACUAGUACUAUGUCUUCCACUUCCAGCACAAUUCCCCGGCCCAGCUUUGGUCCCGACGAUCUCGCCGACAUCCGCUCGAUCGGAGUCGAACCCGUGGUCGCUGAAGAUGAGCUUGAGAAGACGUCCUGGCGACGGCGCUUUGUGAAGCUGGAGCCGGCUCGCCGCGCACAGGCGGUGGAGCUUUGCUGUCCCUAUCUUCCAUGGCGAUGCUGUCCUUGGCCGUUCCCGUUGUGCUCUUGGUGAUUUGCCACGGGCAUCAGAUGUCGAAAAAAAAUCAGAUGUCCCAGGUUGGCAUCCUCGCAACCGCGCUAUGCUCCUACGUCUUCCUCCUCCAGCUCUGCGUCUGUCGGAGCUGCUCGUUCUACACCGACUUUAGUCGUAUCUCCUAUGGCCUUCUCCUCUCCUACUUCAGUGCUGGUCAGAUUGGCCCGCGCGCCGCCAUUGUCAUCCUACACUUGACCACGGCAUGGGCCGCCGCCUACCUUGGUCACUCUCUGGCCUCACACCGCCUGCGCAUGGGCACCGAGCGGGCCAUCAUCCACGGCGAGCUGCCCCAGCCGUGCCACCACGGCAAGGACAGGGCGUACAGGAUCGCCAACACGAUUCCUGUCGCGGCGUUCAUUGUGACGGUGAUCUGGACCGCUUCCAUGACGGCCAUCAUUUUUACAAACGACAUCACCGAUGAGUUUGACAUUGUCUUUCUCCUCUCAUACGUCGGUUGGAUACAUGUUGCCGUCUGGUUACUAUAUGUUGCAGAUGUACCCAUGCGUAAAGUGCUGAUGAAAGAGCCGAUGGUAUCUCUACUUGCCUCUCUUCUCCCAUGCUUGAUGAUUUCUCCGGUGAUCAGCGCUGUGUGCCGUAUUCUGUCAAUCUUGUUCCAGUGGUUGAUGAUGAUGACUUUGGUCGCUAUCCUUAGUUACAACCUCAGUGUUUAUGUGCACUAUUUGCUGACUGCUGCUUCAUACAGGGUACUCCUUGGUAAACAUGAUAAGUCAUGUGAAGAGAAGUUGAACAGCAUGGAACAUAUGGGCGACCAUGAUGAGAAUCCAAAGGAGAUGACUGCGACAUGUAACCCUGUUAAGGAAAAGGCUCUAGAAGUGCAACAAGACAGGGGGCUGGAAAUUCAACAAGACAGGGGCAAGAAGGCACUUGAUAACAUGGAAGAACAUCGUUGCUGGUAGUGUAGUUGCGUAUGUUCUACGUGUGCCGGAUAUCUCAGGAUCGGCUUUGUAAGAUGGCUACCUCAUCAUCUUGUAUGGUUCGGCCGUAUACCUUUUCGGAUGUUGCUUUAUUUAUAAAGCGGGGAGAAAGCCUAUUUCUAGAGGGGCCAGCGUGGAGAGUGAAGAAAAGAAGCACACUUUGGGCACGAAGAACAUCAAGGAUCGAGUCUUCUCAUUUGGGCACCGCAAGCACCAAAGUUGAGGCCAGGCUGUCCAGGACCAGGUCUGGACUCUGGACUACUCUAACUCUCCUCAUCACAAUGUCAACAACAGGAUGGAUGCCAUGCGCUUGCAGUAAUUUACGCUAUCAUUUUGGGGGUAGAACUGUAGAUAGUGCAUGAAACUAAGAUGGUUUGUUAUCACUUGUACUUCUUAGAUGCUUUGGAUCAGUGCAAUGAUGUAUGGUGUGUC